GCGAGACAUUGCAUUGUUGGACGACGAAACGAAUUCUCUAGAUUCCUCGAGACAUGUGCGAAGCGUUCUAUUAAUGUAACGCAUCGGAUCUCCCAUGCUCUCUCUUUCUCUCUCUCUCUCUCUCUCUCUCUCUCUCUCUUUUUCCAAUUGCUUCUCCCGUUCCACCCUUCUCCUGCCUUCUUCCGUUACUUUUCCUCCUCUUUUCCUUCCUCCCGUUCUCCUUCGUUUCACCCUGCGUCGUUAAGAUGGCCGGCAGAGCGUCGCCCUGAGAAGAGAGCCGCCGUGUUUAAACCGUGCGUCGUGUAUAAGAGAGACGAGAGAGGCGGGGGGAGAGACAGAGAGAAAGGAAGCGAAUGCCUUUGCGAGAUCCUCCUCUCGAACUUGCUUCCGUUUCGAUUUCGAAUGGGAGAGACAUGAAACAUAUUGUAAAUGGGUCGAAAUACGGAAUGCCUAGAGAAGGAUUAGAAGCUAGUCUCUUAGAUGGGAUCUAGUACGUCGUAUGAAAUGUCAUCGAUACGAUCAUUCCUCCUCUUACUCUUCAGUCACUCUCUCUCUCUCUCUCUCUCUCUCUCUCUCUCUCUCUCUCUCUCUCCUUCCCAUUCCCGUUCAGAGAUUAAGUCGAUAAAGCGAAAUCGAUUCCUGUAUACGAAUGUGACGAUAAAAUCGAUAGAAAUUUACUGACGGUACGAUGAAACUUUACGUUUGCGCUUCACUCGAUUUUAACUCUUUUCGAUCGGAAAGUAUCAUAUACGGUAGUAAGAAUAACGAUCAUCCAAUAAAUUCUUCCAAAAAAGUCUGGUUUAAUAGUCCGGUAGGAAAUGUAAUGAAAUUGUAAGAGUAGUAGAGAGCAUGUUGAACAUUGAAGAUCCAACGUAAUGACGAGUGCACGGAGUAUGACGUCAAAUGCAAUUAGGGGUAUACGAAGGAAAAAGAGUUCGCUGUGCGAAGUAAAGGUGGCCGUUAUCGGAGCGCCCGGAGUUGGAAAAAGUGCGCUGACGGUGAGGUUCCUAACGAGGCGUUAUAUCGGAGAAUACGAUCACCAAUCUGAAAACAGAUACAAGCACGAAGUGCUGGUGGAUGGAGAACCAAUUCUUUUUGAGAUCUUGGACUCUUGUCCGAAGAGCGACGACGAAAUGCCUUCGAUGGAAACUUUGCAGUGGGCGGACGGCCUGCUGCUCGUUUAUUCGAUAACGGAUCGUACUUCUUUCAAUUUCGUGAGAAAAGCGAAAGAAGCUUUAGCGGUGGCUGAUCCGGAGGCUGCGAUGCCUCUUGCCAUGGUUGGAAACAAAGCCGAUAUGGUUCAUCUGAGACAGGUCAGCGCGGAAGAAGGGGAGAUCUUGGCUAAGGACUUUGAAUGUUGGUUCAGCGAAAUUAGCGCGGCAGAACAGGUCGUCCAAGUAGCCGAAUCGUUUCACGAAUUGUGUCGCGAGGUUCUCGCUGCCAGACGAAGAAACAAGCAGUCCUUGCUCGACAGGAUGCUCGGUAGCAAGGCAACGAGAACGUAUUCGAGGGGUAAAAGCGAUUCCGCGUUACCCAAGGAUUAAUAAAUACUUUACCUUUAAUAGGAUAGGAUUUUCUGUCGAUUGCGCAGAAUCGAGCAAGCAAGCGAGCGAGCGAGCGAGCGAGCGAGCGAGCGAACGAGCGAACGAGCGAGCGAGCGAUAGAGAUGAAAGAAGACUCGCGUUGCAUGCGAGUCGAUAAAAAAUCAGGCGCCAAAGAUUGUAUCAUACUGUUAAUAUUUUUUAUCCAAUACCAUUUCUACUACGUAGAACAACUACAAAUCGUGUACAAGUUUUAAUAACGCACGUUUAUAAAGUAAAUUAUCUUUUGCCAAUGGAUGAAAAACCUCGUGAUUCGUUUUAUUUCGUAGUAACAGUUUGACGGCCACAAACUAGAUACUUCAGAAGGAAGCAUCGCUUUCCCAAAGUCCGUUGAUUAAUGAGUUAUCGAUGAAUAAUUACAGCAGAGACAGACAACUGCCUUUGAUUAAAGGCUAUAGGCUUUGUCGUAGGUUGUUAAGCGGUAUCGAGAAAUAACGGCAAAGUGUUAAUAAAUUCACGACUUUGGAAAGGUCCAUCAUCGAUUCGUUUAUAAUCUUCGAUUCGAUCCAAGGCUUUUGAAUAUUAAACACAGACACCUACCACGGAUAAAAUCUGGCAAAAACGGUCAAAGCUGUAACGAUCGAUUUAUAGAUAUUUAUUUUGUACUUACAAUAAGAAAAUGUGAAAUAAAUAUUUUACUUAUUUAUUAUAGUA